AGAUCAACCGAUUCGGUAAACACAAAGGUGGUGUGUGCCAAUGGUAGCGAGCGGGAUAGAGUCGUCUGCAUUGAUCGAUGAGACGACCCGUGUACACACAUAAGGCAGCAUUGCGUGUACACUAUACACAGCUUUGCUAAACUUUGUGGAUGUGGCUGCAUUUGCUUUGUGCGACGUUACUGAAUGAUUAAUAUUGGAUUGACAAAUUAUGUACAUAUAUAAUCUACGUGUCCUCUAUAGGUUACAUAAACCUUUAUUGAAAAAAAAGUCUGGUACGCUAUGGUUAAUCUGGACAUAAAGAAACGAUUGUAAUGCAUUGCAAUAUGAAAUAUAUGUGUAGCUAGCCUAGAUUGGCAUGCAGUACCUACAGCAUAGCGAAUUCAGAAAAUUCAUCAAAUCGAUAUCUAUAGGGUGACAGUAUGUUAUUUUCUAAUCCCAAUUUACAUUUUAUAAAAAUAAUUCAAAGCACAUAAUUUUGAUGAUUAUGCAUUCAUUCACCUGGUCACUUUUACGAUGACUCCAUGUUCAGACUUGCUGCGCAGAGAGAUAAUGACGAAACACAUCACGUGGCUUUGUUUCUCCGAACGAUAUAUGAAAACGAGGCAGUGUUCAUCAAAAUAUUCGCCGACUCCACAAUGGCAGUGAAACGCACAUGGGAGUGGUGUUGUUAGAGAUCGAUGUCACAGUCUGUGCCGAUUGAUAAUGGAUGAAACACAGGAUGAAGUGGAUGGUACUCGCUUGAAUAACACUGUACGGGAGGACAAUGUUAGCUCAACUUCAGCUGUGGAAAAUGCUAAAGGAGAUAUACUUCCAGACAAAGAGAAGUCUGAAAUUAAAGCAUCCAAUUCAACACCAUCUGAGAGUCUGAACAAAGAAAAGGUGGAGAGAAAAAGUGCAAGAAAUAUAUUUGACGACUUGCUAGCAAAAGAUGAUGAAAGCAAAUGUCCGUCUUUAAAUGUAAAUGAAAAGUCUAAGGAGGGUGAUAAAGAUCAUAAUCCUGUGAUUCCCAUCAUCAACAUAUCCCAAGAAAAUAACCAGGAAACGGUACUAAAACCUCAAAACCAAGAUAAAGAACUAUCGGACACCACUACAGAAAAUGUCUGCCAAGAAAUGGAAAAAGAUAACUUCAGAUCACAAGAAAAUGACUCAAGUCUUGAUACACCAUGCCCUACAAUUGAUGAAAAGGGCUCAUCACAAAAAAUCUUAGAAGACUUGGAAACAAGCCAUAGUGUAAACACAUGUGAUAGUAGUGAAAAUUCAAUGCCCACUAAUCAGGAUGUGGAUUCAGACUUCAGCAGAAAUAGUGGUACUGUUAGUGAAGACAGCAAAGGCCAGAAAGAUGUUAGCCGAGAUGAGAAAGCAGUGGAAGAGAAAGAACACCAUAAAAGUGAAUGUGACUUUGAACAUGUCCCUGAAACUCAACUAAAUGAGGUGUCUGAGGAGGUUUCAAAAGGAAAAGAAGACUGCAGUGGUGAAAAAUUAGAAAAGGAAGAGAUCAUAAGACUGGAAGGAAAAUCUGACGAAACUGCAGAUGCUGUCAAAGACACUGGCUCUAAGGAAAACAUAUUAGAUGUAGAGGAUAAUGAUGCUGCACAGCAAGGAAAUACAGGAAAGCACAUUGAUGGUAAACAAGAAGAACCAUCACAUUGUGGAAAGGAAGAAGAAGCAGUGGAACAGGUAGAAGAAAGAGAACAAAGAGUCAAACACUCAGCAAAUGAGGAUGGUAAUUUAGAAAUAAAUUUUGAAGACUCGCAAAACCUUGUGAUAGACAUACAAGAGAGUGAUGAAUCUGAUACCAUGGUGAUUAAUCAGACAGAAACUGAUUCAACAUGUGAAGAAUACAAUGCAGAGAAAGAAAGAAAUACAGCAGAAGAUAGUGCAGAGAAAGAAAGAAAUACCACAGACGAUGGUGCAGAGAAAGAAAGAAAUACAGCAGAAGGUAGUGCAGAAAAUGAAAGAAAUACCACAGACGAUGGUGCAGAGAAAGUAAGAAAUACCACAGAAGAUAGUGCAGAGAAAGAAAGAAAUACCACAGAAGAUGGUGCAGAGAAAGAAAGAAAUACAGCAGAAGAUAGUGCAGAGAAAGAAAGAAACACCACACAAGAUAUUGCAGAGAAAGAAAGAAAUACCACAGAAGAUAGUGCAGAGAAAGAAAGAAAUACAGCAGUUGGGAAAUGUAAUGAAAAUUCCACAUCUGUUCAUGGAAGUGGAGUUAACAAUAAAAAAGCUUUGAGCAAUGAAAAUAUAUCAGAAAAGGAAGUUUUAGAAAAGGCUCUUGAUCAGAAAGACAGUAAUUGCUCCACGGAUUCGACCACAGUGAAAAAAUCUGAGGAUGGUGUAGAGGAAAUACAAAUGCUUUUCCAAGAGUUUGUUAAAUCUUCCAGUAAGUCUCAAGUUAUAUCCAGCAACAGCAACACUUCUUCUAAACAAAAAGAAGUUAUAUCCAGCAACACUUCUUCUAAACAAAAAGAAUCUAAAACUAGUUCUUCAAAGAAGGGAUCAACAGAGGCCGCAUGGUCCACUGUUGGAUUAGUCCGAUGUUCUCACUGUCUUUUUACAACUGAUCAGAAAGAUUUACUUGACAAUCAUUUGUCAUCUUGCACUAAAAAAAAUGCAAAGAAAGAAGAAAUUCAUCUGUUGUAUUCAGCUAAUGGUAAAUAUGGAUGCAAGAAUUGUCUUUUUGUUUCAUCACAAAGAAAGAAGUUUGAGGAACAUGUAGCUUUUCAUCUUCUUGCAGACCCUUAUAUUUGUCUGACUUGCCUAAUAACUUAUGAUUCAAAAAAGGAAAUAGAAAAGCAUGUGAAACAGCAGCAUUCCAACAAAAUGGUUAAGUGUGGACUCAGAGGAUCAAAGAAGAUUAACAAAAUCAUAGAAGAGCUGUGCACGAAAAAGGAAGUUGCCUUUCAUGGGAGACGUCUUGAGAAGAGUAUAUUGAUGUCAGUGAUGGAUCAAAAGUCUGCCCAAAACCAAUUUCUUAAAACUCCAACAACUGUUAACCAGUUGCCAAAAACUAUUGAAGAGAUAGAAAAUAUCAUAGCCAAAGAUUUGAUUCACACCACAACAAUUCUUUCAGUUCCAACAGUAUCAAAAGUAAAUCAGAGCCAAAAUAUUUUAUCAACAAAAGCAGUAUUACCAGUAUGUGCAGCUACUUCAGCUUUAUCCCAGGUUGUUCCAACAAAGUUGCCAGUGAAUGUGACAUCUGUUCAUCAAACUGUUCUCGCUCAACCCUUAACAUUCCAAGCACCAGCAGUCAGAGGUCCUGUUUUAUGUAAUGUUGUUACCUGCCAGCCUCAGCCAGUCAUAUUUGUACCAGUGAAUCCAGUGCAGGUUUCCCUACCACAGCAAAUGCAGGCAGGAAGUGUAGUGUCAGGACCGUUUUCACUUAAGUCUGGAAAUGGACAGAUGGGUUCAAGGUUAGUUCCUGUAUGCCGUCCCCCUAUUGGCCAGUUUGUUAACAUUACUCCAGCUCGACCAACACCUCAUGCUGUUACUUCAAACAAACAGACACAAAGAUUGCUUGUAGUUCCAGCCAAUAACCCGGCAGCAACAACUGUUAAUCAAGCCAAAAGCUCUGUCCAUAUUAAUCAAGUACAGCAAAGUCUUCCAACAACAGUGACUACAAUGGAUAUGCACUCGUUUGACUAUAAUUUGAAAAAGAAUCCAGUAGACCCAUCUUCUUCGUCUGUAGUUAAUGGACAUUCUGGAUUUUUAAAAUUAUCUGUGAAAGAGGAUGAAAAUUCAACAAAGGCAGAUAAUCAGCUACUGUUCAAGAAAUCGGGACAAUUGUACUCUUGUCAUACCUGUGAUUUUAAGUCAGAAAUAGAAGAAAAUUUUAUGAAACACAUCUGGAAACAUAUACACUUGUUGAAGAAUAUGUGUAAAUUGAGAGAACAUUUAGACUAUAAACCAAAUAUGUCUUGCAAAUUAGUUUCCAAAAUAAUGCAUGGCUUGAAAUGUGCAGCAGCAGCAGCUGAAGCACAGAGAAAAGCAUCAUCAGAAACCAAGAAAACCAUACAGACACCAGAGCAAAUUGUUCUUAGUUCUGAUGAGGAGGAAGAUACCAAUAAAGAUAUUAUUCAAACAGUACUUCAGACUCCAAAUAUUGAAGAAAAAUUUGAUUCAAACAAUGAUGAAAAUGAGCUGCAAAUUAAAAUAACAAGUACUUUCAGCUUGAGUGAGCCCUUAUCUGAUAUGCAAUGCACUGAAGCUGUGCAGCCAACUGAAGUUGAGGAGGAAACCAUUUCACAACCAGAUGAAGGGGAAGAGGUGAGCAGAAGUUAUAGAGAAAUGUCAGAAAAAGACAUGUUUAGAGAUUUAUCCCCGGACAGUGUUUCUGCUGAUGAUACAAAAUCAGCUGAAGAUCAGACGGCAGACAAGGAGAAAGGUACCAACAAUGCAGAAGCAAGUAAUACAGCAUUCAAUGAGUCCGAUAGUGGUAGAAAGGAACAGGAAACUGAAUCUGAAAUUCAUCAGGAUAAUGGAAUAGAAAUGGAUGUGCCAAAGGAAGUGCAUGAUGCACCAUCAAAUGUAAAUAUAGUUGAUUCAAUCGGUGUGAAUGAUGUUCCAGCACUUGAGGCAAAGGUCGAUGAUCAUAAGGUUAGUGCUGUAUCCUUGAAAUUUUACCAAUGCGGUUUUGAGAGUUGUGGAUUUGCCGGCUUAACAUCAACUGAAUAUAGAGACCAUAUAUCAAGCUUGCACUCGGGUGCUAAAGAGUUUAAAUGUGCUCACUGUGGUCAUAAAAGUUACACAGAUGAAUGCCAUUUCCGACACAUAUAUUGCCAUGCUAAAAACCAAUCGGGGUUGCUUUUCAAAUGUGGAGAUGGUUGCAUGUAUGCAUCCAAUAUUCUGAAACACUUCAAAGACCAUUUGUAUCAAGUUCAUUCAAAUCUUCAAUCUUACAAGUGUUCUUCAUGUACAGAAGUUUUUGACAAUAUUGAUGGACUUGUUAACCACUGCGAAACAAACAGACUCCAGUUUGUAUUGUGUCCGUACUGUACAAUGCGAGAUCCAAAUAGGAGGAUUGUUUUGAAACACAUUUCUACCAUGCAUCCUGGAAAACCAAGACAAAUUACUGUUACAUCGCAACUUGUAUGUCAAGAAAGGGAAAUGAAUUCUUACAUUGCACCAAAACCAUUAUCUCCUAUAUCAAAUCCAAUCUUGCCAGAACCGAAGCUCAAAGAGGAAAGUGAGACUUUACCAAAACCCCUUGAAGACAGCAUGCCAGUUGGAGUUGACAGUAUAAAAGUCGAAAGAAUGGACAGUCCUGCUGGAGAAAACAGCAACUUGAACAAGAAUGAACACUCUGAAUAUGAGGAAGAAAUAGAUGUUUUAAGCACAAAUGAACCGGUUGAAGAAAGACAAACUGUGGAAAAGACAGGAAUGAAAUUAGGAAUUGGAUCUUUGAUAAGAUGCAGCAAGUGCUCCUAUUUAGCUGGAAGUAAUUUACUUCUGAGGAAACACAGACUCCAACACAUUAGACCAAGUGACAGAAGCAGACCAUUUUGUUGUCCUGUCUGUCCAACUUCAAGUGACUCUAUUUCAAAAUUUGAAAGACACAUCAAUCUCCAUGAAGGUCACCUUGAAAUUAUCAUUUACAUGUGCGAGCUGUGUAAUUACCAAACUAAUGUGAGCGAUAAAAUAAAUUUUCAUCUACAAAAAAGUCAUAAAGGUUCGGAUUUACUGAAUGACUUCAGAUCCAGAAUUUUAGAAACAAAUGUGACUGUGUACGAGUGUGAAAUAUGUGAGAAUUUGUACAAAUCUAAGAGAGAAUAUGUUGUUCACAUGUCAAAGCACAAAUCAUCAAAAUUUAAAGCAGUGACAAACGCACCUGUGUCCAUUGACAAAUAUCACUGUGACUGUUGUUCUUUCAGCUGUGAUAAUAAAAAUAGUUUGAUUCAGCACACCAAAAUUCACCUAUUGGUGACCAAUCCCUUGGCUGUGGAAGAAGCAAAACAGAAACCAAAGAAAGAGUACACAGGCCCCAGGAAACCAUUCUAUAUACCACCAGGAAAUGUUUUUAAAGAUAUUAUUAAAUGUAGUGAAUGUCCAUUCAAAACCAAAACAAGACUGGACUUGCUUCGUCAUAUCAAAGGUCACCAAAAUUUGGAGCCAAGAAUGACAAAAUUUCCGAGAAAAGAAGCUAAUCCUCAGGAAAGAUCUACAAGAGAGCUUGUUAAAUUUCAGUUUGGAAAAAGGAAACACUCUUCUGAAAAUGAAAGUAACAAGCGAUUAAGAACAGCAGACAAUGAAAGUGAAGAAGAGAUUGACGUUGAAUCGGACUUCACGAUACCGAAAAGGAAACAAGUUGCAAUGAAAUCAACAAGUGGAGUUAAUGUCAAAAACAUCAAGCAGGCAAAUUUGUAUUUCUUGGGUGGAGAUUUACUUCAUAAAAAACUUCAGCCUUGUUUCACAAAAGAGGAAGAGGAACCAAUUUUUCAGUGUAUUAUGUGCAGUGAUGUCUUUGAAGAUAAGUACACACUCCACAAACACAUUCUUGAGCAUAUGCAGAUUUCAUUUUACAAGUGCAAGUACUGUGAAAAUGGGGAACUUGAGACUUCUGCAAUGGUGACUCACAUCCAGAAGAUGCACAGGAAACCAAUUCAACACACAAGGAUUAAUUUGGAGGAAUUGGAAGAUGAAAUAAACAGAGCCAUUCAUAAUAUCAAAUCAAAAGAAUAUUGGGGGGAAAGUGAAUCCUUACCUGAUGAGAAGCCUAUAUUGAAUGUUCCGAUCAUUUCCCCUUCUGUUACUUCAGAACCAGAUGUUUUUGCAGACAGAAAAGAAUCUGUAUCAAUGAGUGCACUUUCUCCAAUUAUUUUAAAACAACCAAAGUUAAAGGAGAAGUUGUCGUCUACUCCAGAAAAGAAUAAACUUCCGGAAUGUGUAAUUGCCUUUGAAAACGGUUUUAAAUGCACUGUGUGUAAUCAACAGGCAAUUCAAUCAUACAUCUUGGUUAGGCAUGCAAUGACACAUUGCUCCAGGAAAAGAUAUGCAUGUCCUUAUUGUGAUAAACGAUCACAUUACAAAUCAGAUAUAUGUAAGCAUUUACAUAUGAAGCAUAAAGGUGAGGAAUUUCGUGUUAAAUAUGAUAAAACCGAUGUAGAGUUAGAUGCCGAUUACAUUGCUCCAAAUUUGUUGCAACAAAUCCUAGAUACUCCAGAUGAAGUUGAAGCUGAGGAGGAAGAACACGAAGAUGUUAAAGUAGAGAUCAAAACUGAGGAAGAUUCUAAAGAAUUUGAGAGCAAUGACAGAAAAGGGAAGAAAGUUGUUGUGGGAUUUCGGUCUGUUUACAAAUGCCUUCUGUGUAAGAUCACUUUGAAAGGAAGAGGGAAAAUUUAUAAACAUAUCCGUGAAACAAAAUGCAAGAGGCCAUUGUGGAGAUGUUCAGCUUGUAGAACCAGAAAAUUUAAGAGUGACAAAGAAAAGGUGAUCAAAGAUCAUAUUAAAGACGUGCAUCAAAUGACUGGAGAUGCAAAACCUGUUCUUUGUGCCAUAAAUGGCAAGAUUCGAAAACAUACUAUGCCAAUUACUGUCACUAAGCAUGAAGAGGGAAUUAAGGAAAUUAAGAAAUCGGAAGAAUUUGCAAGUGAAGAGACCGUCAGGGAAAAAGAAAGUAAUGGGGCUGUAGCAACAAUUGUAAAACGAGGGGAUUUAUGGCAAUGUUCAAAUUGUUCAUACAUAACACACUCGCGAGCUAAUUGUAUCCGUCAUACAUUUACCCAUACUUUAUAUAAAAAGUUUGGGUGUCCGGUUUGUUCAUUCAGAGCAAAAUGUAGUCGUGGUGUUAAAAAUCACAUGCGAAAUUGUCAUCCACGAGAAAGAAUUAGAUUCAAAAUAUACACAGAAGUGUCCAGUUCACCUAAGAAAUCUAUUCAAGAAGAUCAGACUAAACAAAAGGAAAAACUAACUAUAACAGCUGAACAACCAGUGUCUUAUCAAUGCCAAGAAUGUGGAUUUAUUUCUGAAAGGAAAUCUAGUUUAUCAAAACACAUAAAUGCAAAGUGUUUCACUCCACUGAAAGGAUGUUCAGAGUGUGAUUUUACGAGCAUUAAUCAAGAGGAAAUGGCUAAACACAUUAAAAACUCUCACAAAACUGCAACAGUAACCAAUUUACCUCUUAGUGACAAAAUUAUAACUCUGAAUUGCAGUAAAAGUGAUAAAUAUAUUGAAUCACCAAUUAAUGAAAAGGGAGGAAAGAGGACCAAGGAUCGUUUUCAGUUGAAAGUGAACCCAUCAAUUAAAUCACCAGUAUCUAAACCUUUGUCUACUGAAAUGAAGAUGUGGAGUGAAGAAAAUGUGCGACAAACUAUGAAUUGUCCUGUAUGCAAUGAUGAUUUUAACGACCUCCGGGCAUUCAGGGACCACUUCGUUAAUGAACACAGGGAUAAAAAGCUUUUAUGUGGCGAAUGUGAAGAGUAUGCAGCACAUCUUCCUUCUCUAUUAUUUAGGCAUGCGAGGCUUUUCCACAACAAAACAAGACUAGUGGAUCUGAAACUAACGGCUAUAUCUCAGGAAACUAUUCAUGAAAAAGGAUUAGACCAACGUCCAGUUAUUUUGUAUAGAUGCCCAAAAUGUGAUAAAAUUUCAGAGAGAUGUCCACUUAGGAGACACAUGUACACCCAUUACAAUUACAACCCAUACCAUUGUAAUCAUUGUGACAUGAAGUGCAAAAUGCAAAAGAACAUAAGAGUUCAUCUUAGCAAAAUCCAUCCAGACAAGUCAAUGAAUGAGUACACCUUUCGAAAAAAUGCUAAGCUGGAAAAGGAAAUAUCAGACAUCUUAGAAAGAAGUCGAUAUCAGACUUUAUCUAGGAAAACAAAAAUGAGUGCGUCUUUCACAAAAAAAGGACAACCCACAUCAGCACACCUCACUCCAAAAUUAAGGAUCAAGAAAGAAGUAUUAGAGACCGAGGACAAUGAAGACUAUCACGAAACAGAAGAUGAGGAGGAAGAAGAAGAAGAAUCGGAGGAGGAAGAAGAUAAUGAACCAAGGGGAGAUUUAAAAAACAUGUUCAGUCCUUGUCACAAUUACAAAGUGGAAUUUGACAAUCGUCGACAGAAGACAAUUUACAAGUGCAGUAUAUGUCCCUACCAGAGCACAGUGAACAAAACUAUUGUAACUCAUUUUUAUCACCAUGUUCCGCAUGUCUUCAAGUGUCCAUACUGUGAUUUUCAGUGCUAUCCUCGAUCAAAGAUUGCCAAUCACAUACUGAAGCUGCAUCCAGGGAAAGCAGUCCAUGUUGUUGAUUUGAGACAGUGCAUGGGGAAUCUCAAAUUUAGGAAUUAUGAGAAAAAAGGAUGUGCAUCAAAACCGAAGAGUAAGGAAUGGAAAAAAAAUGUGAGAUUGAAAUUGAACUUUUCACCAAAAAAGAGACAAAGUCCAACAGCUGUUUCACGCAAAAGAAAAAAAGCUGAUCAUGAUUCACCAGAUACUUCAAAAGAUUCGGGAAAACUUACCUACAUAUGUAAUCUGUGUGAUCACAGAGCAGGUGGACUCUACCAUUUUCGUCAGCACUUGGCAAGUCAUGAUGGUUUUCAGCACCUCGUUCCUGGUACUCAGAUAGAAUCAAGAUUAAAGUGUGGUUACUGCUCAUAUCUAGCAGUUGAUGAUAAUGACUUCAAAACACAUAUGGAAUAUCAUUUUGCUACACGUCCAUUUUCUUGUCCGUAUUGCACGUUUUCCCAGUACAGAGCCAGUGGAAUAACGAAUCAUAUAAGGAGAACACAUCCUGGAAAACCCAUAGAUGUCGUAAAAGAGAGCGAUAGCAGUUUUCUGAUUGGCCAGGAAUUGGAUGCCAAAGCCAUGAUAGUGAACAUGGAGCCAAAAGUGAAACUCAUGGACAUACUAGUUAUGGAUUCUGAAGAGUUUAAGAAACUACUGAAUAAUAGUGAUGUUUGUGUCAUUGAUCUAAAUUACAUUCCAGAUGAAAAGUUUGAUGCAGUGUCAAAAACUCUUGGGUUGGAAAUUGCAGAGAAUGAGGUGGAGGAUGCACCUCCCAUAAAGAAAGUGAAGAAGGAGUCCAUACCUCAUGAUAAAAUGGAAGACGAAAAAAUAGAUAAGUUAGGGGAUUUGGAAACGAUGAUAGCAAAUGGUGAGAUAAAGAUUGAGGAGAACCAGAAGUACGAAGAUGUGAGUGAUGAUGAAUUAAAUGUGAAUGAUGAGGCAUCUUAUGAAGAUGUCAGUGAGAAUGAAGACAUUCCUAGUGAUUAAUUGUUGGCGCUAACUGCAUGCGUACAUCGUCUGCUAAUGAUUGCGUAUACAUGUACAAAGUAUUGGUGUACAGUUACUAUGAAUGUUUACAUCUACCGAUGCUUGUGUAAUCAUUCUUUUCAGCUGAUAACAAUGCAUAUGUAUAUGGAGUGUCAGACAUAUAUGGUAUGCUAUAUGGUUUGCAUUUGAAUUUAUACUUCAAGAAGCGAAAAUUAUUAUGUCAUAAUUCAUGUUGAAACUUGCUUCCUUGUCCAAGGUAUCUCUUUUAGGAGAUGAUUGAUGUAAAUAUGUUGCUUUCUUCUAUACUUUUUGUUUCUUCGUUACAAGUGUAUGCAUAAUUUUAAUGCUGUCAACAUGGAGAUGUAUUCUUUUUCGGUUGUGAUCAUCAUUAAACUAUAGAUAUUAGGAAAGAAUUUCCAAUACCGAAGUGCAUGCGGUUAAUACUCUGUAUUUGAAAAGCAUGACUUUACAAAUGUGUUUGAAAUGCAUGUACAUUACUGUUCCAGGAAAUACUAUAUUUUCAAACAAGUAGAUUGAUGACAUGGAUGAUAUACAAUAACUAUUAGUAGACAUUUUCACAGUUUAUUUUUAAUUGAUACUGCUACAACCAUAUUCAUUAUACCAGUAUACCAUUCAGAUCGUCCUAAAUGUAGAUUAUUGGUGUUGUAGAUACACUUGACGCUGCUGCUGCAUUGUAUUAUUGAUGAAUUGAUUUUCAAUAAAUCAAAGUACUAUCA